AAACAAAAACUCUUUGAUUUGAUCUCAUUCCACUCUCUUUCCCUUAAUCCUCGAUAUUACUCUCAGGUAUCUUAAUUUGAGCUCGUAUAGGGUUUAAUUUUGUUACUGAGAAUAUAUUAGUUGUUUAGUUCUUUUGGGGGAAUUUUCUGAGGCAAAUCCCUUAAAGAAGGAAUUGUUUUGCCUGGAAAUGGAUGGGGGGAAGAGGAAUUUCUUUAGAAAACUGACGAAUACGCCCUUUAAAAGAAAACCGGCCAAUAAUAAUAGGAAACUAAAACUGGGUAUUAAUUCUGCCCACGAACAGUUUUCCGGAAAUUUGAAUCCUGGAGACAUUGUAUUCCGUGUACUUUGUCCUUCGAGAAAAAAUGGUGGUGUUAUCGGGAAGGGUGGGAAUAUGGUAAAAGCAUUAAGGCAGAUGACUCGGGCUAAGAUUACGGUUGGUGAUUCAGUUCUUGGUUGUGAUGAGAGAGUUAUUGCUAUUUAUAGUUCUCCAAUGAGGGUGAAAGAACAGAACUCUAUUGACGAUUCUGGUGGUGAGAAUGAGAAAGAGGCGGUGGUACAGGUAGCCAUGGAGCCUUGCUGUGCUGCACAGGAUGCUUUGUUGAAAGUUCAUGAUAAGAUUGUUGAGGAAGAACUUUUUGGUGGGAUGGUGGCCGCUGAUGAUAAUGCAGAUACUGUUGUUACUGCACGACUUCUUGUUCCAAAUAAUAUGGUAGGAUGUCUUCUAGGGAGAGGGGGUGAUGUGAUUCAAAGAUUGCGAAGUGGCACAGGUGCGACUAUCCGUGUUUUUCCGGCUGAUCUCCCUGCUUUUGCAAUGGCAACUGAUGAAUUAGUGCAGAUAUCAGGAAAACGAGAUGUCACAAAGAGGGCACUCUAUGAAGUUUCCACUCUCUUGUAUGAAAACCCACGGAAAGAAAAGCCUCCUUUGAGUUUCCCUGAGUCUCAUGCAGGCCAGAAUUUCUCUCCCAAUGCUCUUCCACUCAGCAAUUCUAUGUGGUCUCAUCGGAAUUUUUCUCUCCGCGAUAGUCUGCCAAUGCCAUGGAUGGGUCCUCGUCGAGACCAGCUAUCUGGAACUGGGCCAGGUAGCUUCAACAGUAUUCCUCCGGAAUGUGGUGUUGAAGCUUCAUCUGAGUUUUCAAUGAAAAUUGUGUGUUCAGCUGGGAAGAUUGGUGGUGUAAUCGGCAAGGGUGGCUUUAAUGUUAAACAGUUACAGCAGGAAACAGGAGCGGGCAUUCAUGUCGAGGAUGCAUCAACUGAGUCGGAAACUGAGUCAGAUGAGCGAGUGAUCCGUGUCUCUGGAAUUGAGGUUCUUGGGAACACUCGAUCACCGACAAUAGAUGCCAUUCUACAGCUUCAGAAUAAAACUAGUGAAUUAUCCGAGAAAGGUUCAAUUACUACUAGGUUACUUGUUCCGUCAAGCAAGGUUGGAUGCAUUCUUGGUCAGGGAGGCCAUGUAAUCAAUGAGAUGAGGAGGAGAACCCAGGCAGACAUUCGUGUAUGUUCGAAGGAUGACAAGCCUAAGUGUGCUUGUGAGGAUGAAGAGCUAAUACAGAUAUCUGGCAAUUUUGGCAUUGUUAAGGAUGCUUUGGCUGAGAUUGCUUCCAGACUUAGAGUAAGAACAUUGCGAGAUGCGAAUGCUGGAGCCAAAACUGCUUCUGUUGUGUCUGUUCGUGGAUUUGGUCCCUCAAGAAACAUGCCUGAUUGUCAAUCACCUCCUGCUGCAAUAGGGCCUGGUCACUGUGGUGUAUUUGAAUCUUCCAGGGGUGGUGGUGGACAUGAGUAUGACUAUGAACCUCAGAAUUAUUUUGUUCCUCCAGCUGCUGCUAGAUACCCAAAUAAGAACAAUGCUCCUGAGGCUAAAGUUCCUGAAAACAUUUCAAGUUCUGUACUAGGCGUCAGAGGAAGUACUAUUUUCACUAGUAGUGAGGUGUCCAGAUCAAUGCUAAAGCUUGAUGAUUCUCAAAAUGGUGGCCUUGAAGAGUUCCGUGGAUCUUAUGAGUGUAAAACUGCCGCUCAAAACAUUUUCCCCUCGUUCAUGGUUUCUUUUGGACAAAGCAUGAAUGCACAACAGGGUUUGUAUCCUAAUCCGAAUGUUCACCAAAGUUCUUAUCAGAAAAUGAAUGCUCAAUAUGGCCCCUACCAAAAUGCGAGUACUCAACAGACCUUCCAAAACAGGCAAGCUCAUCAAAGUCCAUAUUAUAAUUCGACUGUGCAGCAAAGCCCCUAUCCACUUAAUUCUCGGCGAGGGCCAUAUGCCAACUUCAACGCUAGACCAAGUGCUUACCAGUACUACAGUGCACAGCAUGGCUCCAACCCGUAUUAAAUUCAGUAGGCACAUUUUUGUACUAUAUUUUUACUUGAGUUUUAGAGAUUACAUAGGCUGUCACUUUACUAGAUCCUUUUGAUUUGAUUUAAAUAUUAAGUGAAGGACAGUUAUAUUAUAUCGGUGAAGUGUAACAUUAGGCCCUUUCUCGCCUUGUUUGGACUUGUGUGUAGAAAAAUUGAAUUAUGAUUGUUUGACAUCUGAAAUGGUAAACCAAUGCUGUUGGUCUCUCAUAAUGGAUCAUAUUUUGGGCUGUUGUC